GUGGUGUAAUAGACGCAGGCUACGUGGGUAACCUGAAGGUCCUGCUGAGAAACGAGUCAGACCAAGCGGUGAAUAUCCAAAAAGGGGGACCGUGUCGCGCAGCCAGUAAUCCUACCGAAUAUCCAGCAUAA